AUGGCUACAACGAUCGACCAAUCAGUGAAUGGAAAAUCCGCCAAUGGUGCAAAUUCGGAGCAAAACGAUUCUAAGGAGACUACUACCACAAUAGCGGAUGCAGAAGCAAUUCCACUAGAAUCAUUUUCAAUCAAAUCAACACAUCAAGACACAGAAGAAGCCGAAGCAGCAUCUCUCAAGUCAACGGACGUUAUUAUCGACAAGCCAGAGUCUGGUUUGAAUGAUUCACCCAUUGAUGAAAUACCCAAACCGACAGAACAAGAGUUGAACCCAUGCUUGGCUAAGUUUAUGCUGUUUUGUCAGGAAGGAUCACUUGAAUCUGUCAAAGAGUUGAUCGAAUCGGGGUCCAUAAAGGUCAACGAUACGUUCAGUGAUGGUAUUAGUGGUCUUCACUGGGCAUGUAUCAAUAAUAGACUCAGCUUAGUAAAGUACUUAGCAGAGAAUGGUGCCAAUCCUAAUUUAUAUGGUGGAGAAUUGCGAGCAACACCACUUCACUGGGCAUGCAGAAAUGGCCUUGUUUACAUUGUUCAGUACUUAGUAUCCAACACAUCUGCUGACCCUAACUUGCGAGAUUUGCAAACUUAUAAUGCCCUUCACUUGGCAGUUCACAGUUCAAAUAUUACAUUAGUAGUAUACCUAUUGUUGAGCUGUUGCGAUCCAAGCAACAAAAAACACUUGUAUAUUGAUGAGCCAGAUGGAUCAAACAGAACUGCUCUUCACUGGGCUAGUUAUCAAAAUGACAUCUUUACCGUUAAUGCUUUGUUGAGAUUUGGUGCCGAUGUUUCCAAAACGGACGAUAGUCAAUUCAUUCCGCUUCAUUGGUGUUUUAUGAGAGGCCACAAGAAUGUUAUGAAAGCAUUGAUUGAAGGUGGAUCCGACAUUUUUGCAAAGAAUGACGUGGGUAAGAAUAGUUUUGAUAUAGCGAAAGAUAUGAAUUGCUCACAAGCAUGGCGAAAGGUGUUGAUAGAGUCGGGACUAGAUCCCAAGAACAAUUGGGCACCAAAAGUCAGAUGGGUUAGUCCAAAAGUGGGCAAGGUGUCAACGUAUCUAGCACCAUUUGUUUUGUUACCUAUUUCGCUAAGUAUAUGCACUACAUCACAAGGUUUAGCAUUUCCGAAGUUGGUUCUAGCUUUUGCAUUUUUCGCAUUUGGAACUUAUAUUAUCAACAAAACAAUAAUACCGACCUAUUUGAUAGAUGAUAAACCGCUUCCAAAAUCACCUUUAUUAGCCGGAAUCUUUUCAGCCACUGCAUUUUGGUGCAUCAUAGUUUGGAUGUUUAAAAUACUUCCAGCCACUUUAUUUUCCAAUUUUUUUGCCAACCUUUUCAUUGGAAUAUCAAUUGUGAUUUUCGUUUGGUCGUUUUUCAAAGCCAUGUUCAUCAACCCCGGAUUUGUACCGACCCCAACUGACAAUGCCGUGAUUCUUUCACAAGUUGAAGACUUGCUCAGCUGUGGAAAGUUUGACACUGAUCAUUUCUGCGUCAAUUCAUUUGUUCGCAAACCACUUCGUUCCAGAUUCUCUAGACAUAAUAAAAAGUUGGUUGCCAGGUUUGACCAUUAUUGUCCGUGGGUAUACAACGAGAUUGGAGUGAGGAACCAUAAGCUAUUUAUCACAUUUGUUUACGCAUUGAAUCUCGCCAUUCUUUUGUUCACAUAUUUGACUAUUCAGUAUUUUGAUAAAUUGAAGGAGUCGAUCGAGUCAGAUGAUGAAGAUAAUCAAAGCUUCUUCUGCAGGUUGAUUGACGAAAAUCUAUGCUACGGUUACAAGAAUAAUCAAUUCCAUUUCAAUUUGUUGGUAUGGUGUUGGCUACAAUAUAUUUGGAUUUUUUUCCUUUGUUUGGUUCAAACUUUUCAAAUUUUGCGUGGGUUAACUACUUGGGAAUUCAGUUCAUUGAAUUCGAGAAUAUACAGCCCAAGACUGAAUCAUUCAACAGUUCCGGAAGAAGUUGCUGACUCACUUACUCAACCUCCUAGAUCAGAUCGCAAGAAUAACGAAUUUCAAACUUGUUUAAAUUUGCUUGGUAUUGAUCAGUUUGUGAUGACAAUGAAAAUGACUAUCAUGUCUGUUUUCAACAGAAACAGAGCCACUAGCAUCGAUCCUUUGCAUAUAGAUAUACCUACCGAUUACGGAUUGAAACAAAAUUGGUUGGACUUUUGGAUAAUUGGCGAACCCAAUUGGAGAAAUAUUUUUUACUUGCCCAUUGAAGGUGAGAAUAACUUGAAUGGGCAAGUUGUUGACUAUUAUAAUCUUUAUGAGUACCCACCAAAACUGUCCAGCCAAGUUGUGUAA